GGACAGGUAAUAUUCAGUGGAUGGAUCUUGAAAAAGCCUAUUUCCUUAUAAGUAAGGAAACUGUAAAGCAAGGGUGAGUUCGGGGACAGCUAGCGCUGUUCAUCUGCUAAGAGCUCGUUUCCUAAGCAUUCACUUUAAGCGCGGAAGGGAAAUGCUUACACCUGAAAGGCCUGUUGGGCUUGGCGCAGAUUCCGCCUCCCGCCGGCAGAGGCAGCCAAGUGUAGCUCGUUUGAGAAAAUGAAGGAAGAGGAGAAAGGGCCGGAAGGGAUGAAGGAGGACUCAGGCAUGCUUCCAGACGUCCGUGGUCUUUCCUCACCUUCUCACUCAGCUGCACCAGUGGCCCUGUGUCCCCUCGCCACGUGCAAUGCCCUCGCCUCUCGCCCUGCGCAGCUACCUUCCCAGCGAGCUGUCGCCGUCGUCGGUGGACUCGAGGCCCUGCAGCAGCCCUUCUGUGCUCCCAGGGCCGGCAGGAAAGCUCUUCCUGGGAGCCACUGCUCCUCGGGCCCCACGGCUGCCUCGCCGGCUGGCCUGGUGCUCCAUUGACUGGGAGCAGGUGCGCUUGCUGCAGAGGCUGGGAACCGGGGGGUUCGGCUCGGUGUACAAGGCGACUUACCAUGGCGUUCCUGUGGCCAUAAAGCAAGUGAACAAGUGCACCAAGAACCGGCUGGCGUCCCAGCGGAGCUUCUGGGCCGAGCUCAACGUAGCAAGGCUGCGCCAUGACAACAUCGUGCGCGUGGUGGCUGCCAGCACGCACACGCCCGCGGGCUCCAACAGCCUGGGCACCAUCAUCAUGGAGUUCGGGGGCAACGUCACUUUACACCAGCUCAUCUACGGGACCUCCGGCCACCCCCAGGUGGAGGCGGGCAAGCCAUUAAGCCUGCACAAGUGUCUCAAGUACUCCCUGGAUGUUGUGAGCGGCCUGCUCUUCCUCCACGCGCAGAGCAUCGUGCACUUAGACCUGAAGCCGGCCAACAUUUUGGUCAGUGAGCAGGACGUCUGCAAAAUUGGUGACUUUGGUUGCUCGGAGAAGCUGGAAGAUCUGCUGUGCCCCGAGAGGCGCCCUUACCACCUCGGAGGCACCUACACCCACCGAGCCCCGGAGCUCCUGAAAGGAGAGUCCGUGACGCCCAAAGCUGACAUCUACUCUUUCGCCAUCACUCUGUGGCAGAUGGCCACAAAGGAGGUGCCCUACUCCGGGGAGCGGCAGCACGUGCUCUACGCCGUGGUGGCCUACGACCUGCGCCCGGAUCUCUCUGCAGCAGUCUUCACCGACUCGCCUCAGGGACGGAAACUGGAGCGCGCCAUCGAGCGCUGCUGGCGGCCCAGCGCCGUGCAGAGGCCAAGCGCAGACCUUCUCCUGGCGGAGCUGAGCUCUUUCCAAGCUGAGCUGGCAGACUCCAACCCGGUACCAAGACAAGCGUCUGUCUCUGAGUCUACCUGUUUUUAAAUGAGUGAGAAUGUUAAAGAAAACAUAGG